GCCCGCGCGGCCCCCGCCCUCGGACCCGCCUCCGGGGGUCGCCCGGCCCCAUGCCCUGCAGCAGCGGUAGAGAAGCGCGCGGCCGCAGGCGGCUCUGAGAAGCCCGGAGGGAGCCUGCAACCAGGGGACCAUGUACCGGGACCCGGAGGCGGCCAGCCCAGGGGCGCCUACCCGAGAUGUCCUGCUGGUCUCUGCCAUCAUCACCGUCAGCCUUAGUGUUACUGUCGUCCUCUGUGGCCUGUGCCACUGGUGUCAGCGCAAACUGGGCAAACGCUACAAGAACUCCUUGGAAACAGUGGGCACGCCAGACUCGGGGCGUGGGCGCAGUGAGAAGAAAGCCAUCAACGACCUAGACAGAGACUUUUGGAAUAACAAUGAAAGCACAGUGCAGCAGAAAUGGAGCUCCUAUCCUCCCAAGGAGUUUAUUCUAAACAUUUCACCCUACGCCCCUUAUGGCGACCCACGACUGUCCCUCAAUGGCACCCUCCUGUCAGGCGCCAAAGUGGCCGCCGCAGCGGGGCUGGCGGUGGAGCGGGAAGGCCGGCUGGGGGAGAAGCCAGCGCCGGUGCCACCACCCGGAGAGGACGCCUUGAGAAGCAGCGGGGCUGCCCCCAGCGAGCCAGGCAGCAGUGGCAAGGCGGGGAGAGGCCGCUGGCGGAUGGUGCAGAGCCACCUGGCCGCAGGGAAGCUCAACUUGUCCAAUUUCGAGGACUCCACCUUGUCCACGGCCACUACCCUUGAGUCUAUUCCCAGCUCCACCGGAGAGCCGAAAUGCCAGCGACCCCGCACCCUGAUGCGGCAGCAGAGCCUGCAGCAGCCGCUGAGCCAGCACCAGCGGGGUCGGCAACCCAGCCAGCCCACCACCAGCCAGAGCCUGGGCCAGCUGCAGGCCCACGCGGCCUCGGCACCGGGCUCCAACCCCCGGGCCUAUGGCCGGGGCCAGGCUCGGCAGGGCACCUCGGCUGGCUCCAAGUACCGGGCAGCUGGUGGCCGUAGCCGCUCCAACCCAGGCAGCUGGGACCACGUGGUGGGGCAGAUUCGAAACCGAGGCUUGGACAUGAAAUCCUUCCUGGAAGGCCGGAUGGUGGUGCUAUCCCUGGUAUUAGGGCUUUCGGAACAGGAUGACUUUGCCAAUAUCCCUGACCUGCAAAACCCAGGAACCCAGACGAACCAGAACGCUCAGGGGGACAAGAGGUUGCCUGCAGGAGGGAAGGCUGUGAAUACAGCCCCAGUGCCCGGCCAGACACCCCAUGAUGAGUCUGACCGCAGGACAGAGCCCCGCUCCUCUGUCUCGGACCUCGUCAACUCCCUCACCAGCGAGAUGCUCAUGCUCUCUCCAGGCUCUGAGGACGAUGAGGCCCAUGAGGGCUGCAGCCGAGAGAACCUGGGCCGCAUCCAGUUCAGCGUCGGCUACAAUUUCCAGGAGUCCACAUUGACUGUGAAAGUCAUGAAGGCCCAGGAGCUGCCGGCCAAGGACUUCAGUGGCACCAGUGACCCCUUCGUCAAGAUCUACCUGCUGCCUGACAAGAAGCACAAACUGGAGACCAAGGUGAAGCGGAAGAAUCUGAACCCACACUGGAAUGAGACCUUCCUCUUUGAAGGGUUUCCCUACGAGAAGGUGGUGCAGAGGGUCCUCUACCUCCAGGUCCUGGACUAUGACCGCUUCAGCCGCAAUGAUCCCAUUGGGGAAGUGUCCAUCCCCCUCAACAAGGUGGACCUGACCCAAAUGCAGACCUUCUGGAAGGAUCUGAAGCCAUGCAGCGAUGGGAGUGGGAGCCGAGGGGAGCUGCUCUUGUCUCUCUGCUACAACCCCUCUGCCAACUCCAUCAUCGUGAACAUCAUCAAAGCUCGAAACCUCAAAGCCAUGGACAUCGGGGGCACAUCAGACCCCUACGUGAAAGUGUGGCUAAUGUAUAAAGACAAGCGGGUAGAGAAAAAGAAGACAGUGACGAUGAAGAGGAACCUGAACCCCAUCUUCAAUGAAUCUUUCGCCUUCGACAUCCCAACUGAGAAGCUGAGGGAGACCACCAUCAUCAUCACCGUCAUGGAUAAGGACAAGCUCAGCCGCAAUGAUGUCAUCGGCAAGAUCUACCUGUCCUGGAAGAGUGGUCCCGGCGAAGUGAAACACUGGAAGGACAUGAUUGCUCGUCCCCGCCAGCCUGUGGCUCAGUGGCACCAGCUGAAGGCUUGAGUGGGGCCAAGGGAGGCCCGGGGGGCCAAGGCCUGGUCUCCAUCAUGCCCUCACCACUUUAUGCACAAUGCUCAGCCCCCAGCCCCCUUGGGUGAGGGGAGAAUCCUGAGGGCUCAGCCAGGGAGGGGUCCCAGGACUCCACUGGGCCCCAUUUCUAGGAAGUACCAGCCCCCCCCAAGGGUCCAGUUCUGGGGCGGGGUUCCGGGAGCCAUUUCCCUGCUUUGCCCCCUUCCUUCCUAAUUUGCUGAUACUAAAGAAGUGGGGGAGAGCUCAAGAGCCAGAUGGGCAGAUGGGCAGAUCCCUCCAGUGGCCCGCCAGGUGGGCAUAGCCCCCCGUUUUCUUUAAGGCAGUGCCUGGAGAGAAGCCACCCCCUCCCCAGCCCCCAUUUCGGGGCCCCAGGAGAGGGGAGGCCGAGGCAUUUGGCCCGUGAUAGGCCCGUCCCUGGUUUCAGGUGCCGGAUGGGCCCUGGAUGCCAAGGAUAGUAUAUAGCCCAUGCUCUGGGGUCCUGGAGCCAUGGCCCUGGGUACUUGUAUGUAUCUACUCCGUGUGUGAGCGUGUGUGUAGGGGGGGUACUCACUCCCUGUCCCCCUGGGGCCAGCAGUGCUGACAGGCUAUAAGAAGCAGAGUUUCAGUUUCGUGAAGGUGAGGUGGGGUUGAGUCAGGCAGAGGUCAAGGCCACAGAGGAUAGGAGAGGGAGGGGCAGGGACAGCUAGCUGAGUGGGAGGGGUAGGGACCAGGGUAGAUGCCUCCUGCCACCCUUCUUCCCCUCCCUACUCAGAACUCUCCAGUAGCAACUCCCCCACCUCAAUGUCAUCCCUCGGACCUGGACCCACACUUUGUAGGCACCUACUGUGUGCAUGGCAUUCUACCAGGACAGUGCUCUCUGCCUUCUCAGGCAUCCCUAACCCCUCACUCAGAGACUCUAGCCUUCCCAGAUCUCAUACCAGUCAGGCUGGCAUCUGCUACACACUUUCUGGUUUAGGUUAUAUCCCACCCACCCCUCACUCCAACAUAUUUGCAGUACUGAUCUGCCAAUCCCCCAACACACACACACACACACACACACACACACACACACACACUUUCUCCAGGCUGUCCACCCUCCCUGGUUCCACCCACUGUGCAGAGGUAGCAGGGAACAUUCCAGGAGUCUGAGGUUGCCACACCCAAAGAAGAUGCCGUUUCUCCUCCCAGCCUCUGCUGGGACUAGAACUGGCUUCCCCUUGGAGACAGCAGACUCCAAGAUGAUCCCUCCUAAACCUUGUCAUCCCUCUAUGCAAGUCCCCGUAUUAAAAGACCCAGCAGACAACAGAGCCUCAAAUCCAGGGAUUCCGAGCCUGAGCCUGACAUUCCUACCACCAGGUGGCGCCAGACCACCAUAUCUUUAGUCGCAGUUCUGGGCCACAGUUCAGGCCUGGAUAGCAGGCCUGACACCCCAAGGAAGGGGACUCUGGAUUGGAUCUGUACAUCCAAAGUAGGUAGCAAAAGCAUAGGUGUUUGGUGGGCUUUCCGCUUGAACUCUGCUUCCUGUUCUAGGCAGUGAGAUUUCUAUUGUGGGCAUCAAAAUGUUCUUGAAUUUCAUACCCCAUCCCCACCUUCCCCCUGGGACCUGGAUGAUAUCUCAUAUGUAGUAGGUGAAUCAUUCUGUAGAGUGAAGAAUGCCAUUGUAAAGCACAUAGUCUCCUAUUAUCACUUGUAAAUCCAAAUGUUUCUAUACUGCAGCUUUUGCUUCAUGUGGGGUCUGCCCCAACUGCCCUGACCCACAGAGCACAGCCCUCAGACACUGUAUGGAGUAGGACAGGAGGAAGUCAUCAAUAGUCUGGAGAGGUGAAAGGAAUAUCUGUCAUCCUUCCCUCAGAUCUGCCUUGGUUUCCUGUACACCUCUGACUUGCUGGAAGCAGGCAAGUCUGCACCGCCUUCCAGGACCCAACUAACUUGCACCCAGUGGGCGUGGCAACAGCUAGCCAUUUAUAUGAAUCACACCCAUGCACUUCUUAUCCAAAUACAGAAGGCAUCUCCCAUACAGAGUCAGUUCCCUUCCAGUCCCUACCUAGGAACAUUGGCGACCCAGCCUGGGAUUCCUCAGCCCCCACCUUCAGCUGCAACUGGAGAUAACAGGCAAGAGGCCCUAGGUGGAGGGCCCAGGGCCAGGUGGGUUGACACAAGAGGCUUCUAGAGAAUAUGGAGUCAUCUAGAGAAUAUGGAGUCAUCUAGAGAAUAUGGAGUCAGGGGCAGGAUGGUCUAGGGCAACUGGGGAGCAGGGAAAUGGAAGAACUUGAGGGUGGGGAGGGCAUCAGAGCUCUGUCACCACCAUCCCAGAUCGUGGGCAAGUCACCCAUACUCCCUGGACCUCAGUUUCCCCAUCUGUAAAAUGAUGGUAAUAAUACUUCACCUACCUCAUGGGGGAGGUUGUGAGGCCACCAUCACCUGACCUGGGGGGGGGGCUCAAGGCAGGAGGACUCUGAAGGUGCUACCAAAGCAAAGUGUCACCGAAACCUGAGAGCAAGGCCCACCUGCCCUUCCCCCACAGAGCCUCUAGGGACCACCAGAGCCAAUCUGUCUCUUCACUGUGUCCCAAGCCCCUUCAUGAGCAUCAUCUGACACCUUCGUGGGCACCCUAGACUUAGCUGUUACCUUGUUUCAGUAUCCUUUCCUGUGACUGUCUUCUCCAUGUUAACUGCUGUACAAAUUCCACCUGCCCCCACACCCCCCCCCAUCUGCUCUCUGGCACUAGAGGCCAGGGAAGGGACAAAAGGAAAA